AAAGAAAACCAUAGCAACACCGUCAAAGUGAGCCAUCGCCCUGUUAACGGUGUCAUGGCGGUUUGACUUGUUGAAGGUUUUUUUGCAAUAACUUACCAUAGUUAAUGUGCUUUUUAGCAGUGUGAUCUUUAAUUUGAGUGUAUAAAAUCACUUAAUUCAAAAUAGUUAAUAAUGCGCGAAUACAAAAUAGUCGUGCUAGGUAGCGGAGGCGUGGGAAAAUCCGCCCUGACAGUGCAGUUCGUGCAAGGCAUCUUCGUGGAGAAAUAUGACCCUACGAUCGAGGACAGCUACCGGAAGCAGGUGGAGGUGGACGGGCAGCAGUGUAUGUUGGAGAUCCUCGACACGGCGGGUACGGAGCAGUUUACGGCUAUGCGCGACCUCUAUAUGAAGAACGGCCAGGGCUUUGUGCUGGUGUACUCUAUUACGGCACAAUCCACGUUCAACGACCUGCAGGACCUCCGCGAGCAGAUCCUGCGCGUCAAAGACAAGGACGACGUACCUAUGGUACUGGUGGGCAAUAAGUGUGACCUGGAGGCCGAGCGCGUGGUGGGCAAGCAACAGGGAGCCAACCUCGCGAACCACUUCAACUGCGUGUUCAUGGAAACGUCGGCCAAAGCUAAGAUCAGCGUCAACGAAGUGUUCUACGACCUAGUGCGACAAAUCAACAAAAAGUCCCCCAAGGAGGAGAAGAUACGGAAGAACAAAAAGUCCAUAUGUCAACUGCUGUAAGAGAGCGGCGCUUCCACCGCACCUAGGUAUUAAAUAUUUAAUAAUUUGAAAGACUUCUCGUACCCGGAUUUGGCUCUUGAUGGUUCCAAAAGUUUACUAGGUCGGGCGAGCGUGCUCGGUUACUGAAUACCUUGCGAAUGUGCAUUUGUUGAGUUAACGUGGUCCAGUGCUGUAUGCGAGUGGAGAAUGCAUCACAGAUCUCGCGUCGUAGGUGUCCCCUGACCUGUGUAUAAAGUAGUUUACUACUCCCGGUCUGUGUAUUUAUUAGUGUUUUAUUUGAGGAUGCCCUCGAAGAUUCUGUGUGUGUUGGGCCCUCGAUAUUCCAUUUUGUAUAGUGUGAGUGAUGCCAUUCAGAAGUUUCUAACAUUAUUGUCCUAACGACCUUGUGAUUCCACUUUACAUAGUACUAUAAUGAUAUAAAUAGUGUAUAAACAUAACUGCCUAGAGACUUUGCCCCUUUUUUUACUUAGCAAAAAUGAAUUAACGUGUUCUAAAGAUAACAUUGUAUAAUAGUAUUGUUAAAAUUCUUGCUGUUCAGUUCAGACAAUGAGUAAUUAUAAUGAACAGGAUAAGUAAUGAUUAAACGAGUUGUUUGUUUAAUUCUAAGUAGGAAUGACUGGGGUUCGAAGCUUUAAAAGUUAUGCACAAUUUUGAUUUAGUUGAAGUUUAGUUAGUGAUAUAACAAUGGUGUUAUAUUGGGUUGUUUUUAAAGUAUAUGUGUUAUAGUGUGUAAACAAAUUGUGGAUGUUGGUACAUUGUUUGUGGGUUAUCUUAGACAGGAAUGUAUCAACAUUUUAUCAUAAAUUUGAUAUGCGUUGAAAGGGCAUGUUCCUGUGAGAGAUAUUAUAUGCUCAUUUAUAGUUCCACUGUCUAAACUGAACAAACAUGUUAUGUAUAGCAUUUAUUACUAUUUUAUUUAAAACUUCUGAGAGGGCAGCCGAGCAGACUUAUUCUGUAUCACAGUGAUCAUAUGUCCAACAAACGACUUUGAACCUACCACCAAUAUAACAUAUGCCAUACUGCGAAUUAAACUAGCUUAGUUUUCAAUCAAUUUCAAAUUAGUCUAGAGUCUAGACAGAUGGACUGCAAGCUGAUUGCAAAAUUGCAGUUGGAAUGCAGUCAGAUUGCCAUUAACUAAACUGCAUUUUAACUGUUGAUAGAUUGUGCAGUCUGUGUGCAGUUCUGCUAGUUGCACAGCAUUCCGUGUGAUCUACAGUUGGUGUGCACAACUGCAAUAAAACUGCUUCCCAACUGCAAUUUGCAGUUGACUUGCAGUCCAAAUGUGUUCUAUCUGAUUUGACCUCACAGGUUUAACUGUUUGGUACUUUUCAUAGUGUAGGACUAAAUAAUACAGGCACUGUAAUGGAGAAUAGGUCUAAAGACAUGUUAUGAAAAGCAUUUAUUACAAUUUGAUUUACAAAACUUCUGAUAGGGCAGAAUGCGAGUUAUUGCGGGCUCCGUGGAGCCGUGGAGAAUGUGCCAGCAGGCCUUAACCAGUGUAUAAUGUUUAAUAAUUAAGAAUACAUUAAAUUUUUUCAGAUAUA